GUCAUGACCCCCGUUCUCCACAGAGACACACACAUACAUAUAUAUAUAAACAUAUAGAUACCGUUUGGGCUGGAGCGAAGGUGAGUGCGGCUCCGUUUUCGAGGGGGCCAGUCGCGGCGUGGCCUCCCUUCGCCUUUCGUAGGCCUUGGGCCCGGAGUCGCGUUGCUUGGAGGGGCCUCGGCCUUUCACUUUCUCAAGCUUCUUGGGAUGUUGCAAAGGUUGGAGUUGUUCCAGACAUGGUUGCUGUGGUGUUGCUCUGGGAGAACACCUUGAUGGGCGAUUAGUACCAUUCAGUGAUGGGCUGUGGUACUAGCAAAGUACUCCCUGAGCCUCCCAAGGAUGUUCAUUUGGAUCUUGUUAAAAAGGUGGAGCCUUACACUGGUUAUAAAAAUGAUAUAUAUAAGCACUUCAUCAAAGGGGAUGGCGAUGCCAUCAAAUCUGCCAUCCCUUCUCCUCCCUGUCACACCAACCCACUUGUGGAACAGCCAGAGCCUCGCAAGAACAGAGUGGCAAAAUAUCGUGCGAAAUUUGAUCCCAGAGUGACAGCUAAAUAUGACAUCAAAGCCCUGAUUGGCCGAGGCAGCUUUAGCAGAGUGGUUCGAGUGGAGCACAAGGCCACCAAGCAGCCAUAUGCAAUCAAGUUGAUAGAGACCAAGUACCGUGAGGGGAGAGAAGUGUGCGAGUCGGAGCUGUGUGUGCUGCGCCGUGUGCGGCACACCAACAUCAUCCAACUUAUUGAAGUAUUUGAGACUCAAGAGCGUGUCUACAUGGUGAUGGAAUUAGCCACUGGAGGAGAAUUGUUUGAUCGUAUCAUUGCAAAGGGCUCCUUCACAGAAAGAGAUGCCACCCGGGUGCUACAGAUGGUAUUGGAUGGGGUUAAAUACUUACAUACAUUAGGCAUAACUCACAGGGACUUAAAGCCAGAGAACUUGCUGUACUAUCACCCAGGCAUGGAUUCUAAAAUAAUGAUCACAGACUUUGGGCUGGCGAGUGCUCGGAAGAAAGGAGAUGACUGUUUGAUGAAGACAACCUGUGGGACACCAGAAUAUAUUGCACCAGAGAUCUUGGUCAGAAAGCCUUACACUAACUCUGUAGACAUGUGGGCUCUGGGUGUGAUCUCAUACAUCCUCUUAAGUGGGACAAUGCCUUUUGAGGAUGACAACCGCACCCGCUUAUACCGGCAAAUUCUAAAAGGAAAGUACAGUUACUCAGGGGAGCCAUGGCCCAGCGUUUCAAAUCUUGCUAAGGAUUUCAUUGACCGUCUGCUCACAGUGGAUCCUAAUGACCGGAUGACAGCACUUCAAGCCUUAAAGCACCCCUGGGUGGUCACCAUGGCGGCCUCUUCUUCCAUGAAGAACCUACACCGUUCCAUCUCUCAAAACCUUCUUAAGAGGGCAUCAUCUCGUUGCCAAAGCACCAAAUCAGCUCAGUCCACCCGCUCCAGCCGCUCUACCAAAUCCAACAAGUCCCGGCGGGUGCGAGAGCGGGAAUUGCGAGAGCUGAACUUGCGUUAUCAGCAGCAGUAUAAUGGCUGAUACCUCAGUGGGAGGCUUCCUGCUGCCCCAUUCUUUCUUUUGUCAUUGAGAUGUGUUCUGCACUGCAUCUUCUUAAGUGGGUGGCAUCCAGGGUACAGCUGCCCUGUUAAUCCCUCAGAGACCCACACCAUGUCCACUUUCCUAUCUAGAAAGAGAUGGAGCUUUUGGGGCACCUUGCCUGGGUAGGGUCACCUACAGUAUCUACCCAACACCUGAAAACUCUGCUUCUUGGCCAAGAUCUUGGAAAGGUUAAUAGUUACCUGAAAUACUGGAGCCACAUAGAAGAGAAGAAUCUGUACCUGAGAGUCCCUGCUACUCUUACCUAUUUAUUAACUUCAAGCUGAUAAAAGCCAGACCAGUCGCUGUUGAAAAUGGUGGAUGACUGAUGUAGAAAUUUACCCACUUACUGGGAAGUAAACUCCAUUUUACUGCUAUUAGAAGCAGUUUUGUGGGGAUCCAAGGCACUAGGAUGGGGGAAAAAAUUAAAACCCCAUUGUUGAGUUGGAAUAUUGUGUACAGCUUUCUGGAUCCUGACCUGUUCCUUUGAAGUCACAGUUAGAGCUUUUGUUUGGUCUUGUACUAAAUGGCUUUUUACCAUUUAUCUGCACAGCUGUAAAAUAGGGACCAAAUUUUUCUCUGGGCUUGGUGGAGGAAAUUACAGACUAGAAAUAGUGUUCCUCCUCUUCUAUUUCUCUCCCCAUCCCCAUACUUCUUUUGUACCUCUUAGGCCAGAGAGACCGCUGUGCCUUAACUGCACUAGUCUGAUAUGGGAUGGGAAUGGCUUGGGUUAGGCUUUGUCCCUCCUCCUGUCUUUCCAUAUAUGUUGGAGUAUUGUCGCUGGUCUUCCAUUGUAUUUUUCCAUAUAAUGCCAGGAAAAAUUAUAGCCAACCCAGUCAUCAUUCUGACUCAGCUGAAACUCCAGUGUGUUACUCAGUACCACAGUGUUCAAAGUGGCUGAGGGAACCUGAGGCGGCUUUUCCCCCUCUUACAACAUCAUAUGCACACACCACUUGAUCUCCCAACAAAGUGAUGACAUCAGAGAUAGAUAUCUCCCAUUAAAAGUUAGGGUUGAAAGCCUGAGUAGGUUCAAACAGCUGUUCCACCUCUACAGCUGGCACAGUGGGACACAAGCAGUGCAGCUUAGAAUUAUAAAAUGAGAUAGCUUAAAGGGACCCAAAGAUAAUCUACCUUGCUCACCCCUCUCUAUGGAUUAACCCACUUUUUCCUGGUUUUAGUGUGCCACUAGAAGAUAGCCAGAGAGCAAAGAGGCAAAUGCCAAAGCUGCCUCUAAACUGAGUACGUAAUAUGAAACAACCCACAUGGUUGUAAUGAAGAAACCUGCUACAUCCUGCAGCAGCAAUUCUCCAGAGUCACUAGCCCCUUUGUUCUCAAGGAAAUACCACCAUCUUGAAAUUGUAGAAUUGACUAUGUCCCAUCAGACAACAGAUAAGGGAUUAUGUUUGUUUUGUUGUUGAAAAACAUCUCGGUGCAUACAAAAAGCCAGUGCAUCAGGGAGCUGGAUAGGAGAGAACAUUUGUCACAAGCUUGGGGUUUGGUUUUAGUUUUACUUUGCAGAGUGUGUCAUGCAGGGGUGGAUUCAAUAAUGGCACCCCCCAUCUGCAGCGUAAAAUGGUAUGUUACUUCUUCCAACUGCUUGUGUAAGUGGAGCUUCUGGCCUUAAGUUGAUUUUUCUCUGUUCUGAGGACAUCACACUAGCCGUGGAAGGCAGGUGGCCUCAGCAGUUAAAUGCUGUUAAGUUUUAUUAGCAGUGAUGAAAGCUCUUCCUGUUCCACUGGACAGUGAUUCAGCAGAGGCAUUAAAAAUAAGGUGCAGCAAGUAUGAUUCUGUUAUAUCGGGUUAGGUCCUGUGUGCUGCUGACUGUAUUCCUCUGCUGUGCCACAAGACAUGUGUCUGUAAUACACUAGCUAUGAUUUUGAGUUGCUUGUUAGCAAGGAUCUAGUUCAGCCUUCAUUUUGCUGAGACAUCACUUGUACAGUACAUAGGAAAGGUAGAUGUAAUACAAUGCUAGUAUGCUUAAGAAGGUUUAAUCUAAUUUUGUUACGGUGGGAUUGAUUCAUCUUUGUAUUCCUGCUAUAUUAAUAGAGCCACAUUGUGCAGAACCAAUUUCUCAGGCCAGGAGGGACAUCUAGUGGUUCAGACGAUUCUUGCAGGCCUUUAUUGGUGCUUGGCUUUAUGCUGCAUCAUUAUUUUCAUCUGGUUUGGUUGGCAGUUAGUUGUACAAGUUUAAUUAUGUAAUACAGUGGACCCUUGUUAUACACUAGGGUUUGAUUCCAAGAUCCCCCAUGGAUAACAAAAUCCGUGGAUGCCUAAGUCCCAUUAGAUAUAAUAACAUAACAAAAUGGUGUCCCUUAUAAAAAAUGGAAAAUCAAGGUUUGAUAAUUUGAAAUUUAUACUUUUUUUGAACAUUUUCAAACCGUGGAUGCUUGAAUCCAUGUAUAAAAAAAAUCCGUGUAUAAGAAGAGCCGACUGUAUCACCAUGUAUGCCCUGGGUUUCUUUUUUGGCCUUUGUAGGGUAUCUGUGACACAUGUGGAUAUGGGUGGAAAGUCUCUCUCAUCUUUCUAUGUCCUACUGCUUAUUCUGAGUAGAACACCAGUUUGGAAGAGGGUAAUUGCUUUUUAGUCCAUAGUGCAGAAGUUCCUGUUGCCGAAAAAGACAGUGGUAGGGGUUUGUUGUAUGGGCAGUUGUUACCUGCAACAUGCCAACUGACCAUACUGACAAGAUAAACUGGUGAUAACUUGGAAUCUUUAAAACUACAUAUACACAUUUCUAGGCCAAGAAAAAUUACAACCAUCUUUUUUUUUUACACCAAAUUCAGCAUCACUUUGUUGCCUAUAGUCCCUCCAUUCCCAUAUGGAGCUGUGAACUAGACGGUUGUGCAAGUUUAUUAAUAUAAUUGACAAAAUGGCAACACUUGGGUACUGAGUCCUCUCUCAAUGUUGCAGCACUUCUUCCUUCCUGUUGGAAAACUAAAGUUGUACAGUAAAUAUAUUGGAACUUAGCAAUACUGUGUUUUCAAAGUAAAAUAUAAAACUGGGUCUGGUAGUGUGAAAUCCACUUAUCCUUUGGGGAACAGGAGGAAGGCAAUGCCAUUUUUCUGUUUUGUGCUAAUUUAAUAAUAAGGGUGGUCUCCAGAGACAUAACUGGAAAUUGGGAGUUGAGGUGGACUAGGGACAGGCUCUGUCCAGAUUGUGCCAUUGGAAGUGUCUGUCCAUUGUUUUGGGACUGGGCAUCAGCAGAUCCUUUGUGCCAAAUACUUUACAAAGUGGUCAUCAGACAGAAUGCAGAACUUGGAAGCACAAUGAUUUGGGUCUGCAAGUUCCAGAAUCUAGCCAGUGUGUGAUCAACAGAUUCUGAGGUUUGCCCCAAAUAGUCAUGGUUGUAAGCUGUGGACAGGUGAUGUCUCCCACCCUAUCCUUGGAUAAUAUCUUGAAGUAUCAUUAUGCCUUAAUGCUAGAUAACAGAAGUAGGAAGCUUUUUUACCUCUGGGGAAGAUACUUUCAGACAAUUUAACCAAAUGAGGACAGGAUGGCAUCUAAUCAUCUCUCUGUCCCAUAUCAGUAAUGUCAGGAAAUGGAAUUUGUAAUCUUGACCAAAGUGAUAUCUAUAAGGAUGAUGUCUCUGGUGUUUUGAAGCUUUUCCACUCCUCAGUCCAUGAUUCCAUUCACAGAAUCUCACUUUCUAGUAUGUUACCUUCCCAAGACCCAGUUUCUCAAAUUUAUGGAGGUUUUCUUUUCUAAUACCAGAUGUGGCCAGAUGUUGAUUUGCAACUCCCAUUAGCUGUCAGCAUGGCCAGUGUUGAGGUGGAAUGAGAGUUGCAGUUCAUCCUCUGAAAGACCACAAAUUGACUGCUCUUGCCUUACAGCCACUAAACAAACUUGGUGAUAGCCAGUUGUAACACUCCCAAGCCCUGCAUUAUUCCAAUCCCACAAGCUGCUGCUGUUUCAGGGUGCAUCAGUAUACAGUUUUGCCUACAUCUCAAAUACAUACCUGAGUUGGGAUCUCCGAAUCCCUUAUGCUAACAUUAGUGUAUCAGCUUUAUGUUAAUCGUUUUUAUAUUCACACCAGAUUUUAUCUCCUCCAUCAUCAUCUCUUUUUCCCCCUAUAAAUGCCGCUCCUUAUACUGCACUGAAGGCUUUUGCCAAGAUUCCACUGGCCUUUUGAGGAAUUGUGUGUUGCACAACACAUGGGUCCCCAGUCAAAAGAGGAAGCCUUCAAGGGCUUGUGAUCAAAAGUUGCUUCCAUGGUCACAGCCAUCGAGUAUGCUGAAAACAGGCAAGCUAGAUGAAAAAUGUGCUGCCCUAGUGCUGAUUACAAGCUUUUGCAAAUGUGUAUUAUGGGGUUGCCACAGAUAAUAUAAACAGCAUGAAGGAGCAUUUUCCAAAAUUUAACCCCCCCUUUCCCCCCCCCUUUCCCUUUUUCUUCUCUUCCCUUCCUGUCUUCCUCUUCUCCUUUUCCGCUCCCUCUCCUUCCUGCAAGGUGAGCUAUAUGUUCACCUUCAGGUGUAGCAGUGGUCACCACUUCUGGUUUUAUGGCUCCUUUCUUAGAAUGCAAAUAUUAUUGUUGCUGCUGAAAUAUACUGUGACUGCAGCUCAGACUCCUGCAUGAGCUGUCCUUUAUGCUCCUGACCCAGUUGCCAUCCUAAGGAAAGAACUUCUUCUAGACUCCAGAUCCCCUGCCACUGACAUUGCAGCACAAAUGUCUUCCCUGUGUCGGCUCACUAGUGCUACUAGUAAUGUGGGAAAGCUGUACUCAGUUGCAUAAGUCCACAUAUGCGCUCUGCCAUACACUUCAGAAAUUUUUCAGUGCCACUUGUUUUGGAUAGAUUUUAUUAUGCACUGCUAGCCAGUGCCUUAUCAAUACCACUCAGUGCCCAUGAAAAUCCAAGAUUAAAGUUGGAGUCCCAGGUCAACAUCCAAAGAACUGAUGUAACCAGUAAUAAUAUCUAAUGUGUCUUUAAGCUUGUAUCUUUCUCACACAUAUGUCUUCUCUUCCCUCUGCACCUCCUGCUGUGCUACAAACUGUUUUUUGAAACUCAGGGGAGUGUGUCAAAAGACAUUUGAUAUGGCAUGAAGACCUGCUGUUCAGAGCGAGGGGGAUAAUUAAAUGCAAUAUCUAUCAUUGAGCAUCCCUGAAGCUGCUCUUUAGACACUGUCUCUAGAAUUAGUCAAGAACAAGAGACAUUGCAAAGAAUGUGAAGUGCAUUAAUUUACCAAGCGAGCAGAUUGAAACAUUGAAGACAUCCUGCUUGCCACUCAAUAUUAAUGUGUAGAUUCUCAGCUGCCCUCAUGUUACGUGAUGAAGGACUGGAUAAAAUGUGUGAAAUCACUGGCUUCCAAACUUUCAAUUUGUAGAGUCCCUUUCUGAACCAACUUAUCUGUGAAGGAUUUAGGAGCCUGUUGAAAAGUGGUUGCUGGUCAAUCCUGAUCAUCAUUUACCUGGUACAAAAGUAAGAGCACUCUAGAACAUUCCUACUACUUCCUGUGUGUUGUUGGGGGAAAUUGGUAAGGAGGGGCAAGCUGUCUUUUAAGGGAGUCUGCUUAGUCUGGCUGAUUCUCUCACUGAUAAUUUUAAAGAUUUUGGAAGUUUUUCAGGCAUUCCUUAAAUUCUCUGGGAUACAGACGGAAAACCACUCUUAAUUAACUAGGACACACUGUUACUCUCCAUCUAGUAGCAGGCUACUUCAUACUCCGGUGACCUUUGGGCUGUGGAACACCACUCUUGGCAUCCUCCUGCCCUUACCUUCUCCCCGGUCUGUGAAUGUUUCAAUUUUGACAUUAAAUUGACAUUUGACGUUAGGGAGCCCUUCUGGUGCAGUGAUUAAAUACAGGUCCUGGAGCCACAGUGUUGUAAGUUCGAUCCUAGAGGAGGGCUCCAGGGUCCACUCCAUCCUUUCGUAGGUUGGUAAAAUGAGUACCCAGCUUGUUGGAGACAAUUGGCUUACACAUUGUAAACCACUUGGGAAGUGCUAGUUCACUGAUAAAAGUGGCAUAGAAAUUUACUUGCUAUUGCUAUUACAAUGUCUCUCAGAAGUUCUCCAUUGCAGGUUUUCAGAAACUGUACUUCAGGAGUGUAGGCAGUUUUUUGCCUUCUCUCACAACAUCCAGAUCGCCAAAAGGGAGUAUUCCAUGUCUCUCCUUCCCUCUUCCAAGGGGGACAGUGGGCUUCCCCCUACUCUUUUCAAUCUCAAAUACUUGUAUCUGUGAUUUUGCCUCUGGUGCCUUUUUUUACACUAUGGAAUCUACUUUUUUAGAGUGUGAUUUUGAUACAUGACAAUUAACCUGUAAUGUUGAAAUUAGUGUAUAGAAUUAUUUAUUUUGUAUAUUCAGUUUGUUUUUAAAUUUGUAAGUGUAUCUUGUUUAUUCAGUAAAAUGGUGGUCCUCGUU